UCUUCUGAUCGACAUGAAGUUCCUUGCGGGUUAUUUUUUGCUGCUUCUUGGCUUUGCAGUGGCCCAUGAAGAUUCUGACUCUAAUGCUAAUCAUAAUGUAAUAAAUAUUAAUUAAACAACAUGCUAUGUUGUGAGAAGAAGAAUAAAGGAUUCUAUUAAAUGUGAACUUA